CCUGGUCAUCCACGUGUAAGUCCGGAUGUUAAGUAGAAAGUGACGAAGUAAAUUUGGCGUGAAAAUGCUACUUGCACAGUUGAUUUACUGCCGUCACGCUUUGCCAAAGUCAAAACCCGUGACAGCGCCGAUUGGGCUUUGAAGAAAACUGGAUUGCAUCGAAAUUCAUUCAAAUAUAUUACAUACUGUCAUAUAAUUGUCACUAGAAAGUUAAUUAAUUUUUGACAAGGUUCUGGUUUUGGACAAUGGGAGUGGGAGCUGUUUCAAAAGAGCUUUCUUUUGUACUUCCCAGUAUAAAUACAUCACGUCAAUUCUGGCUUGUGCAUUAUUUCACUUUGAUUCACGACAAUGGACAUGAAGGCUGUAGUCAAAACUUCACUAAUAUUUCUCAUCCUGGCUUACAUUUCCUGGAUAACGGCUGCUCAGGAGGGAUCGUCGUUCCUGUCAUCAAGAUUAUCUCAAAGAGACUCUCAGUUUAGGACAUCUAGCAGUGGUGUCAAAAUAAAAAGAAGGAAAAUAAAAAGACCUACACAGUUCAAAACUGGCCCUAGUUCUGAUUUCAAAACCAGUACAAAGGAUUCAAGGUUCCUUUCGCUAUUUACUGUGGUGCAAUUUGGUAAUGACGGCUGCCAAGCAAGUACUGGAGAUAACGGCACCUGUAUGACAAGUGCAGAAUGUUCAGCUAGGGGUGGAGUAGCAAACGGCCCUUGUGCUAAGACCUUUGGAGUCUGCUGCUUAUUCAUGUCAACGUGCGGACAGACGACUAGUCAAAACUGUACCUAUUUCGUAAACCCUGGAUAUCCGACUGCUUAUGACGGCACAGGCUCGUGUCAACUCACGAUACAAAAGGCUCAUCCGGAUGUCUGCCAAUACAGGAUUGAUUUUGACCAGUUUACUUUAGCUGGUCCUGAGCCUGUCAAUAAUGUCUGCAAUAACGAUCAAUUCAUUGUUUCCGGUGGGAAUCCUGUACCCGGGAUUUGCGGAAUGAACAACGGAAAUCACAUGUACAUCGAUGCAGGCACUGGAGUUAAUAACCCAGUCACGCUUACUGUCGUUACAAGUGGACCGACAUUCGCAAGAAACUGGAAAAUGAAAAUCUGCCAAAUUCCUUGCAGUUCGAAUUACAGAGCGGAGGAAGGGUGUCUUCAGUACUACACAGGUGUCUCCGGGCAGAUAAAAUCCUUUAACUUUGACCCUACUGGAGGUCUACAAUUGUCAAACCAAGAUUACAGCGCCUGUGUAAGAAUCGAGAGAAAUUUUUGUGGAAUUCAGUAUACAGCAUGUGCAGAUAACAUGGGCAAUAGAACACAUGCAUUUACCAUGAGUGGAAAUACAAUGAGCCAGAACCCAACGACAUCAAUGAUUGGUGGUCUUGGGCCAACUGCCUGCUCCGGCGAUUGGGUGAUAAUACCGUGUGCUAUGAAUGUAGGACGGUCGCCAUCGUCACCGCCAGUUUGUGUCGACAGGAUCUGCGGUGGUACUUUCAACAGUGAAGUUUCGACAACACAGGCCACAGUUUACAGUACAGUGAAACCGUUUAGGCUUGUGGUCCACACAGAUAAUGUUGAAGCGCCAAAUGAUAUAGGAAACAAAGGAUUCUGUUUAAAUUAUGUCCAACAACCAUGUACAAAUAAAUUAAACUAGCUCAUUAAUUUCUAAAUUAUCUAAUUCAUUGACUGAUAUAAAAUUAAA